CCAUUCCUUUGUUUCCUCAUUUCUCCAUUUUCAUUAAUUCUCACAUAACUAGAGAGAGAAAGUAGAGAGAGAGAGAGAGAGAGAGAGAUGGGAAACUGCCAAGCAAUUGACAAUGCAACGCUAGUAAUCCAGCACCCAAACGGCAAAGUAGAUAAGCUCUACCGCCCCAUCUCCGCCGCUGAUAUCAUGAAGGCCAACCCCGGCCACUACGUCGCCCUUCUCCUCACCACCACCCUCUACUCCUCCGCCGCCGCCGCCUCCUCCGCGGCGGCCUCCGCCGGUGCAGCAGCAAAUAACAACAACAACAACGCGCCUCUUCGCGUGACGCGUAUCAAACUUCUCAGGCAAACUGAUACCCUUGGUCUCGGCCACGUGUACAGACUUGUCACCUCCCAAGAAGUGAUGAAGGGGUUGUGGGCAAAGAAACAAGCGAAGAUGCAGCAGCAGGGAUUUGGUGGGAAAAUAGCAGAAAAACAUGCUUCAGAUUUUGAACUACUUAGGAGAAGUGAUGUGAAUAAGACCAGACAGGUAAAGCAAGAGAAGCAGAGGUCAAGAAACAACACACAAGUAAACUCUGCUGCUGCUGCAUCUAAAUCCAGAGGAUGGCAACCAGCAUUAAACAGCAUCUCUGAGUCUGCAAGCUGAGAUUCUCUUCUUUUUUUUUUUAUUUAUUUAUUUUUUUUUUUUCUUUGGGCUUGUAAUUUCAGAUUGAAUUAUGCAAAAAAAUUACUAAAUUUAGAUGGUAAAAAAAAGGGCAUAUUUGUGAAAAUCGGCCAAUGAAAGGAAAGCAGAUUUAGAUUUUUUUAUGUAAACAAAUGAUACUCUAGUUGCACAUUUCGGGUUGCCGAUAGUGCAACCGGUCUCGUCUCAGUAGUCUCCCAAGGUACAAUAUCAAACCCCGGACGAACUUGAAAACACGAAUGGAGUUUCAACCCAAUUAAAAUGAAGAACUCAACGCUUGAAAACUUAGAUUAAGAGUUUGAGUACGUGUUUAGCUAGAUUCGAUAAAAAAACUAGAAGUUUCUAUUUAUUUCAUAAAAUAGGUUUAUUUUGUUCAUUUCCGCAGAGGUGCCCCUCGUUCGAAUUAGUUACUCAAGACUUGGGCUACUCGUUUAAUUGA